AUGGUAGAGCGCUCGCUUUGCAUGCGAGAGGCACGGGGUUCGAUCCCCCGCAUCUCCACAAUGACCAGCACGCUCUCCAAAAUCAGAAACAGACACCAACGUGGCGUUGUGUUGGGAGUGGUGAGGUUAGGAUUAGGAUUAGGACAAAGGAAGGUGAAAUUGAAAAUUGAAAAAAUGAAAAUUAUAGUAAAAAAAGUGAGGCACCCCAUUCGUGUUGAUUCUCAGUAG